CUCAGGUUCCUAAUAUACUUCCAACACUGUUCAAAUUAUCUUAACCUUCCAUACUAUGAUACAAUAUGCUUUAUAUUCGUUUACUCUUACUCACACAGGAAGCUUAUUUUAUUAGCAAAGCCCGGAUUGUGGAGGUAUUAGGUAUAAAUGGAUGGUACUAUGUCUCUUGCAGUUGGUGCGGGAUAAAGCUUCACAACUCUGCCGCUGAUCUUCCUUGCAACCACUGUCUUGAUAGCAAUGCCUGCGGUGUUGUUAGCUACCGUGUUGAAUUAUUGGUGGACGAUGAAAAUAAUUAUGCUACUUUUUUGGUGCUCAACAACGAGAUGCUUAAUCUCACCAAACAAGCUGCAGCUACUGCACUUAAUGAUGAGGUGAGUCGUGGUGUGUGCAACAAAGUCCCACCACUACUUGCAGCACUUGAAAACAGAGUGUUUCUCUUCCAUGUUCUGCUCACAGCAAACAAUACCAGCACAAACUCUCCCCCAUUCACUGUUUUAGGAAUCAGUGACACUACCAACCCAGCUGAUACUUUAACAGAUGAAGUGGAAGGAGGUGAAUGCAAGCUCCCGAGUGAGUGAGAGGAUGAAGUGCCACUGACGUGAACCACCUCUGCUUUCUGUUUAUUUUCUAUGUUUUUACAUUCCCAUGCUUUUCCUACUUAGGUUUUUUCAUCUUCGCACUAUCUACUUAUGACAG